CCUCAAGGUAUUUAUACAGCCGUCUUCCCCAGUGAUGGUCAUAUCAUCUAGAGCAGCGACUCAGAUCAACAUCUCUAAAGAACUUAAUACCUUUUCCAUUCAAGUGCAUCAUGACUGACAUGUGUUUCAACCUGGCUGACGCUUUGGACAGCUACCAAUCCGACUGUAUGGAAAUGGACUCUGACUGUAUGUACUGCCAUCCAAUGGCCAAGACUAGUGAACACAAUGUGUGUGACCAACAUUCAGGACUCGACAUAGAGGUGGCAGAUGAGCCACAUAGCAUGCGUCAGUUGGUAAAUCUGGUCAUCGCUUUGCAGCGUUUUAAGAAAACCCAGAAAGUGCAGAGCACUGAAUUCUCCGACGAAGAGUUGUGCGAAAUUUUCUUCGAGAAUUUCAUUGAAGAGUGUGUGACGCCAACAGUCCAUGAAGAAACGUGCCAGGCUCCGGGUCACUAUGAGAAGACGAAUGAAGAGGUGAAAAAGUGCUACAUCUGCGACAGUCUAAGCAAGUUCCUGGUUCUGAAUCAAGGAUUCACCAGAGAACUGCAGGCCAUCACCCUCCAGGGGGGGAACAUGAGCAAAAGAGUACAACUGGAACUGUCCACAUAUCUCUCCUCUGUACCACGUGCCAACGGCCGGCCUAUCGCUUUGGGGUUGGGACGCAAUCUCUACCUCUCGUGCAAGUCCUCCUCAGGGAAACCAGUUCUGAGUAUAGAGACGGUGAAGAAGGAGGACCUGGAGAUCAUCAGUGGCGACAUGAGUCGAUUCCUGUUCUACAAGACGGUCUCAGGGCAAACAGGGACCAGCUUCGAGUCCGCAAAGUAUGAGGGCUACUUCAUCAGCACGUCCAGCAGUAACAAGCAGCGAGUGGACAUGUGCCAGAGCCAGCGUGCCCCCGGCCGUCUGACGUCCUUCAUGGUCCUGUGAAGAGGCCUGUCUCUAAAAACCAAACACCCAGACAGUAUGUACAAUGUACAACCUGUUGUCUGGGUGUUUCUUUUUAAAUCUGAGUAGAGUUGUAGGUUUGGAAACAGCAUCCCUAUAAACUCACCCAGUAUGAAUCUCCAAACUUACAUUUGGGGAGAUUUGUAACAUACAAAUUGUAUGCCUGUCAACAAGUUAAGUUGAGAUGUAUUAUAUCCGUUAUUUAUCAUUAUUAUUAUUAUAUUAUUAUACUAUUUAUUUAUGUAUUUGUUUAUUUAUUUAUUUAUUUAUUAUAUAUAUGAUUUGUGAUAACUGCGAUUGCUGUUUUUAAUGUGUCUCAGACUAUAUCUUGUAUUACAUUCCAUUCAAAUUAAAACAUUUUUGA